AUGAAUGAGAUCAUUUUACCAGGGCUAGAAUUUGUUCCUCCUCCAACCAUCUCUCUUAGUACCACAAAAAAUUAUUUAAAAGAGCUUGGAUACACAUAUGAAAGGGUGAAAAAAGGUGCUUAUGUAGACGGACAUGAGAGAGAAGAUGUGGUAGCCUAUCGGAGUAUAUUUUUGAAACGAAUGAGUGAAUUUGAGCAUAGAAUGCCUAUAUUUUCAGGUGAUAAUAUGGAA